GCCGCCAUGUAUCUACGCGCGUUAUUCCUCGCGAGCGUCGCCGUCGUCUCCGUCGCGGCCGACGGAGACGACGUCCGCACCUGCACCGACAAGAUGGAACGCACCCUCGAGCUGAUCCGGAGACGGCACGUGGCCAAGGAGAAGACGCUCGAGGGGUACUCGCUGCACCAGCAGAUGCGGACCGCCCCCUACGACAUGUACGUGACCGACAUGCGCGUCCGUUUGCCGUCGGCGAAGAGUUGGGUAAGGGUCGAAAGGUGCAGGUUCAACCCGAUCAACCACAGCCUCGACACGAGGCUCCUAUUCAACGACCUCACCAUCAGCGGCCGCGUCAACCUGUUCGGCGAGGGGGCGGUGUCGAGGGAGCCCCUCGCGCCCAACCCAGAGGACUCCUGCAACAUGAUACUGCGCCUGCGCAAGGCCGGCAUCGGGUUUCACACGGAACCGCUGAGGCGGGAACGGGGCCAGUUCAACGUCAAGACCGAUUCGCAUUUUCUCGAGCCCGGGUUCAUAUCGGUGUACGCCUACGGCUGCGAGCCGGGCCUUGGCCGCCGUCGUCACAAAGGUCCCGACGACCCGGAGGACGAGGAGGAGGAGGUGUCGCGCGAGAUGGAGGACAUAUUUUUGAAGGGAAUCCGCUCCUUGCUGACGACGUACAUGCAAAAAGAACUGCAGCCCGCUAUCAAGGAGACGCUGAUGCGCAACAUGGGCUACACCGUGUCGUACGGCUGAACCGCUCGAGCCGACCAGUAUCGAUUGUACAUAUAGUG